AUGUCCGUCGAAGAGCUCAGGGAAGUGUUCGAUCAAUUCGAUGAAAAUGGCGACGGCCAGCUCUCCCUUGAGGAGUUCGCACAGGCCUUCCGGGCCUUCGGCGAGCCGGACAAGGAGGUGCACGCUGCCUUCAAGAAGUGCGAUAAGGACGGCAACCAGUCAAUCGAUUUCGAUGAGUUCGUGAGCUUCUUCAAUGAGGCGGAUGACGAUGACAAGCCGGAGGUGAACGAGUCUGCGCUCAAGGCCCUGUUCAAGGCGUUCGAUGAAGAUGGCAAUGGCAAGCUCAGCAAGCAGGAGCUCGUCAAGGCUUUCAAGGCGUGGGGUCACCCCAUCACUGAGACCGAGGAGGAGUUCAAGAAGAUGAUGCUCGAGUAG